AUGGAGAUCGCCCUGGUGCCCCUGGAGAACGGCGGUGCCAUGACCGUCAGAGCAAGAGGUGAGGCCGAAACAGGCUGCGGGCAGGCCACAGGGGGAGCGCUCCAGUGUCCCCCGACGGUUGGGCUCACGGAUGGACCCAAAGAAGUGGCGCCUACAGGGCAUAGCUUGCAGAGGGGCGCGGACCCGGGAGGGCGGCCUUUGCCUCCGCUGCCAGAGGAGCUGCCACCGCCUAGACGGCCGCCUCCAGAGGACGAGGAGGGAGAAGGCCACCCGGGCCUGGACAUGGCGGAGGACCAGGCGCUGAGCGCGGCGUCCCUUCACCACCAGCGCGUCCUCAUAAACAUUUCUGGGCUGCGUUUUGAGACGCAGCUGGGCACGCUGGCGCAGUUCCCCAAUACCCUCCUGGGGGACCCCGCCAAGCGCCUGCGCUACUUCGAUCCCCUGAGAAACGAGUACUUCUUCGACCGCAACCGGCCCAGCUUCGACGGCAUCCUCUACUACUACCAGUCGGGGGGCCGCCUGCGGAGGCCGGUCAACGUCUCCCUGGACUUGUUCGCAGACGAGAUCCGCUUUUACCAGCUGGGUGACGAGGCCAUGCAGCGCUUCAGGGAGGACGAGGGCUUCAUUAAAGAAGAGGAGAAACCCUUGCCCCGCAACGAGUUCCAACGCCAGGUGUGGCUUAUCUUUGAAUACCCGGAAAGCUCUGGGUCGGCACGGGCCAUCGCUAUCGUCUCGGUCCUGGUCAUUCUCAUCUCUAUCAUUACCUUCUGCAUGGAGACCCUGCCCGAGUUCAGGGACGAACGCGAGCUGCUCCGCCACCCCCCAGCGCCCCCCCAGCCUCCCGUGCCGGCCCCCGGGGCCAACGGCAGCGGGGUCGUGGCGCCCCCCUCUGGCCCGACGGUGGCACCGCUCCUGCCUAGGACUCUGGCGGACCCCUUCUUCAUCGUGGAGACCACGUGCGUCGUCUGGUUCACCUUUGAGCUGCUUGUGCGCUUUUUCGCCUGCCCCAGCAAGGCAGAGUUUUCUCGGAACAUCAUGAACAUCAUUGAUGUUGUGGCCAUUUUCCCCUACUUCAUCACCCUGGGCACCGAGCUGGCAGAGCAGCAGCCCGGAGGUGGGGGCGGGGGCGGCCAGAACGGGCAGCAGGCCAUGUCCCUGGCCAUCCUCAGAGUGAUCCGCCUGGUCCGGGUGUUCCGCAUCUUCAAGCUCUCCCGCCACUCCAAGGGGCUGCAGAUCCUGGGCAAGACCUUGCAGGCCUCCAUGAGGGAGCUGGGGCUGCUCAUCUUCUUCCUCUUCAUCGGGGUCAUCCUCUUCUCCAGCGCCGUCUACUUCGCAGAGGCUGACAGCCAGGGGACCCACUUCUCCAGCAUUCCGGAUGCCUUUUGGUGGGCGGUGGUCACCAUGACCACUGUGGGCUAUGGCGACAUGAGGCCCAUCACCGUCGGGGGCAAGAUCGUGGGCUCCCUGUGCGCCAUCGCAGGGGUCCUCACCAUUGCUCUGCCUGUGCCAGUCAUCGUCUCCAACUUCAACUACUUCUACCACCGGGAGACGGACCACGAGGAGCAGGCAGCCUUGAAGGAAGAGCAAGGCAGCCAGAGCCAAGGAACCGGGCUGGACAGAGGGGGCCAGCGGAAGGCCAGCUGGAACAAGGGUUCCUUCUGCAAGACUGUCCAGGGGGGUUCCCUGGACAGUGGGGACAGUACCCGGAGGGGCAGCUGCCCCCUUGAGAAGUGUAACCUCAAGGCCAAGAGCAACGUGGACUUGCGGAGGUCCCUCUAUGCUCUCUGCCUGGACACCAGCAGGGAGACAGAUUUGUAA